GGACCCCGCGCGCGCGCGGGCGGGAUGCCCCGCGGCCGCCGCGCUCCGGCCCGCGCGCUGCGCUGAGCGGGCGCCAUGGAGCAGUGGCGGCAGUGCGGCCGCUGGCUGGUGGACUGCAAGGUCCUGCCGCCCACCCACCGGGUGGUGUGGCCCUCGGCGGUGGUCUUCGACCUGGCGCAGGCGCUGCGCGACGGCGUCCUCCUGUGCCAGCUGCUGCACAACCUCUCCCCCGGCUCCAUCGACCUCAAGGACAUCAACUUCCGGCCGCAGAUGUCCCAGUUCCUCUGCCUGAAGAAUAUCCGCACCUUCCUCAAAGUCUGCCACGACAAAUUUGGACUAAGAAACAGCGAGCUGUUUGACCCUUUUGACCUCUUUGACGUCCGAGAUUUUGGGAAGGUCAUCUCUGCCGUGUCCAGACUCUCCCUGCACCACGUGGCACAGAACAAAGGGAUCAGGCCCUUUCCCUCGGAGGAGACCGCCGAGAAUGACGACGAUGUCUACCGCAGCCUGGAGGAACUGGCAGACGAGCAUGACCUGGGGGAAGACAUCUACGACUGUGUCCCAUGCGAAGAUGAGGGGGACGACAUCUAUGAGGACAUCAUCAAGGUGGAGGUGCAGAAGCCCAUGAAAAUGGGCAUGUCUGAGGAUGACAAAAGGAACUGCUGCUUACUGGAGAUUCAGGAGACCGAGGCCAAGUACUACCGGACCCUGGAGGACAUCGAGAAGAACUACAUGACCCCCCUGAGGCUGGUGCUGAGCCCGGCGGACAUGGCAGCCAUUUUCAUCAACCUGGAGGACCUAAUCAAGGUGCAUCACAGCUUCCUGCGGGCCAUUGACGUGUCCAUGAUGGCGGGGGGCAGCACACUGGCCAAAGUCUUCCUCGAUUUCAAGGAAAGGCUCCUGAUCUAUGGGGAGUACUGCAGCCACAUGGAGCAUGCCCAGAACACACUCAACCAGCUCCUCGCCAGCCGGGAGGACUUCCGACAGAAAGUCGAGGAAUGCACACUGAAGGUCCAGGACGGAAAGUUCAAGCUUCAAGACCUGCUCGUGGUCCCCAUGCAGAGGGUGCUCAAAUACCACCUCCUUCUGAAGGAACUCCUGAGCCAUUCCACUGACCGGCCCGAGAGGCAGCAGCUUAAAGAAGCGCUGGAAGCCAUGCAGGACUUAGCAAUGUACAUAAACGAAGUUAAACGGGACAAGGAGACCCUGAAGAAAAUCAGCGAAUUUCAGAGUUCUAUAGAAAACUUGCAAGUAAAACUGGAAGAAUAUGGGAGGCCAAAGAUCGAUGGGGAACUGAAGGUCCGGUCCAUAGUCAACCACACCAAGCAAGACAGGUACCUGUUCCUGUUCGACAAGGUGGUCAUUGUCUGCAAGAGGAGAGGCUACAGCUAUGAGCUCAAGGAAGUUAUUGAGCUGCUCUUCCACAAGAUGACCGAUGACCCCAUGAACAAUAAGGACGUCAAGAAGUGGUCCUACGGUUUCUAUUUAAUUCAUCUUCAAGGAAAGCAGGGUUUCCAGUUUUUCUGCAAGACAGAAGACAUGAAGCGGAAGUGGAUGGAGCAGUUUGAGAUGGCCAUGUCAAACAUCAAGCCAGACAAAGCCAACGCCAACCACCACAGUUUCCAGAUGUACACAUUUGACAAAACCACCAACUGCAAAGCCUGCAGGAUGUUCCUCAGGGGCACCUUCUACCAGGGGUACCUGUGCACCAAGUGUGGUGUCGGGGCGCACAAGGAGUGUUUGGAAGUGACGCCUCCCUGUAAGAUCAGUUCUCCUGCAGACCUGGAUGCCUCUGGAGCAGGACCGGGUCCCAAGAUGGUGGCUGUGCAGAAUUACCAUGGUAACCCUGCUCCCCCCGGGAAGCCCGUGCUGACCUUCCAGACGGGUGAUGUGAUCGAGCUGCUGAGAGGCGACCCUGAGUCUCAGUGGUGGGAGGGUCGUCUGGUGCAAACCAGGAAGUCAGGCUACUUUCCUAGCUCGUCAGUGAAGCCCUGCCCUGUGGAUGGAAGGCCGCCCAUCAGCCGGCCGCCGUCCCGGGAGACCGACUACACAGCGUACCCCUGGUUUGCAGGCAACAUGGAGAGGCAGCAGACAGACAACCUGCUCAAAUCACAUGCCAGCGGGACCUACCUAAUCAGGGAGCGGCCGGCCGAGGCAGAGCGCUUUGCCAUAAGCAUCAAGUUCAACGACGAGGUGAAGCACAUCAAGGUGGUGGAGAAAGACAGCUGGAUCCACAUCACAGAAGCGAAGAAAUUUGAAAGCCUCUUGGAGCUGGUGGAGUAUUAUCAGUGCCACUCACUCAAGGAGAGCUUCAAGCAGCUGGACACCACGCUCAAGUACCCCUACAAGUCCAGGGAGCGUGCAGCCCCCAGGGCCUCCAGCCGGUCCCCAGCUUCCUGCGCUUCCUACAACUUUUCUUUUCUCAGUCCUCAGGGCCUCAGCUUUGCUUCUCAGGGCUCCUCCGCUCCCUUCUGGUCAGUGUUCACUCCCCGUGUCAUUGGCACAGCCGUGGCCAGGUACAACUUUGCUGCCCGGGACAUGCGGGAGCUCUCGCUGCGGGAAGGCGAUGUGGUGAAGAUCUAUAGCCGCAUUGGAGGGGACCAGGGCUGGUGGAAAGGCGAGGCCAAUGGACGGAUCGGCUGGUUUCCUUCAACAUAUGUAGAGGAGGAGGGCAUCCAGUGACAGUGACAACGUGGACAGGACUCGUGGAUUUUCUCGGGAGAGUCCAGCUCUGAAAUCUGUCCCUAGCCCUGUGACGCAGAAGGGACGUGCCCGCCAACCUUCAGUCUUCAACAGCCCAUAGGGAUGGGGAGGGUGUUCAAAAUCCUAAAUGCGAACCGGCCCACCGUCAGUCUGCCCCCAGUGACCUGCCCUGGGUACGCUACUUGUACAUAGAGGCGAGCUGGGCCAGCUAUGCCAUGGCUGCCACCACCAGAGCGCCGAGGAGAGGCAGCACCCGUGGUGUUCUGAGCCAGGCUCUGGUGACAGCUGAGGCUAGAGCUCAUCUUGCUCCGUCCCAUUGAGACAGCAUCCAGGAGCCUAGGUUGGAACAGCAGGUGCUGUCCUAGGGAAACCUGGGACAGCAGAAGGGACCCUCCCCCAGCCCCUUCUGCUCAGCCCUACCGCUCAGCCUGCCGCCUUCCUGCUGCUCCCAGGGGGAAGCUUCGGGCCUAGAGAGUCGGAAGGGACCAGAGCCAGGCCGUUUGCUGCAGCCUCUCUCAGCCCCAGCUGUGCUCAGGUGUGGGAGAAGAGAGCAUGGGAAAGGAGUCUGUGCAGCCCCCUUGGCCUCCUCAUGGCCCUGUGCACUAGGGCUGUGCAGAGCCCACCCAGGGCAGGUCCCUCUGUCAGGAGGGAGCCUUAGUGAACGAUGAAGUUGCCCACCCUACCCCACAGUCAUUGGUACUGUUCUUUGCCCUGAAUCCCAGGAGUGUGUCUGUCCUGUCCUGCUGCCAGGUGGAUACACCUUUUGUAAACCCUGAUAUGGGUGAGAAGAAAACAGAGUUUUCCCCUCGCUCAGUCCCUGCUGCUCACAUUCCUCUCUGCGAGGAGUCCCCCAGCCCCCCCCCCACCAGCAGGUGGUUUCUGAGGGUCUCCCCAGCUUUGGCACAGGAUGUUAGUUCUACCCCUCUGCAAGUCUUCCUCCUGUGGCCUGUGAACUGGGCCCAUGGCCAGCUCAAAAUAAGUGCUCUUGGAGGGUGGCCUCACCCCCUAUACUCCCCCCUCCUGACUCCUCCUGGCCUUUGAGCUCUGGCUGCCUUGUCUGUACCCUUCUACUCUGCCUGGAUGUUGCAUGAGACCUAGUGAUGCUGUCUCCCUGAGAGCUCCGUGCCAAAGCUCCUGGAGAAACCCAGGGUACAUGUGUCCCCUGUCUGUCCCUUGGUCAGCUGCCCUGCCCUGUGUAGGAGGAGGGGACCAGGCAAGGCCAGGGGUGGGGAAGGCUAGCCCCUGCUAAGGUGGGUGCUGGUCGCACUCUGCACCGGGGAGUUCCUCUGAAGUCAGCCUUGUGGCCUCCAGGCUCAGCUUACAUGCCCAGUGUCCUGGAAAUGGGGAGGAGGCCAAGGAGGGGUCAGGGAUAGUCAGCAGCAAGGGGAAGAGAAGAGAGAAGGCAGCCUGCAGAAGCUUGAGAAGUUAGGGUGAGCAGGAUCCUGUGUGGGGGCAGAGGGGCAAAGGGGAGGAAAGCAAAGAGCUGGUCUUGGAGAGAGCAGUCCCGAGUCCCCAUCAUUAAGGGGCACCCAGCACUUUGCGUACAAUCCUCGGCUCGGCCGGCCCAGCCAUGAGCCCGGGGUGGGGGGAGAACCAGCCAGCCCCUUUCGUGUUUACUUUCGUCAAAAAGGUUUUUGCUUUUGUUGUUUUAUUUUUGGUUUGGCUUGUUUGUAUUUUAAGGGAAGAAAAUAGUUUGUAAUUAUUUCAUCCAAAGCUCCCAUUAUAUAUCUGUGAAUAGUAAGGAAGAUAUUUUAUAUUAGCAAGAAAAUGAUGUAUAUUUGAGGUCAUCGUGAAACAAGUCAUCACGACAGAGAAGGAUACUGAGGAAGCCAGAAGUCAGAACCCUGGUUUUUGUGAAUGUUUUUGUUUUGUUUUUGUUUGUUUUGAAACAUAUGUUUGGUUUGGUUUG